GUAGUGGAAUCACAUGGCGCUUUGGGCGCUUGUUUACGUUCGUCGGAGCAGGCGGCUACGUUACGUAGAUUUUGUUAUUUUGACUACCUCGUCAAGUUCAGUGCGAUUUUACACGGACAGUUGAUUUCUACAGCAAGCGUGCUGUGCAUGGAGAGGCUUCCGCCAAGGAGAAGUAGAGCCUUUAGCACCGCCACGUCGCACUAAUUUUCCUUGAAGUGUUGCGACGCGUUGUUUAACGCUGCGUCACACCGCUGCUAAGAAAGUGCCGGAAAGACAAAAUUAACCUUUCCUUGGUUUUCUUCAGUACUAGUGGAACUUGUCCACACUCACGCCGGGCCUUCGUUGCGGAGUGACCGCAAACAUGCCUGUCAAGAGGGACGAAAUGUUAGAUGUUCUGUGCAUGGUGUCCAAAGAAGAAAACUUGAGGGUGACACUGAAGCAUUCGGCGAAAGGCGGUCUAAUCACUGGUGCAACUGCGAUGGCAGCCGGCUUUCUUAUGGGACCUGUUGGGUUAGCAGUUGGUGGGGCACUUGGUGGCUGUGCAGCAGCAAUCUUGAUGCGAGACAAGUUUGUGUCUGCUGCUGAGAUUAUCAGCAACAUGUCUGACAACCAAAAGGACGAGCUUAUCACAGCUGUGCAGCGAGCUCUCUCUGACAUUGAAGUUAUGGACAUUGUGGAGAUGCUGGCUCUUCUAUGUGGUGAUAUCCAUGUCAAAAAGCGUAUCAUUCGUGCGAUAAUUGACUAUUUUCACAGCCAGAUGCGCUUGGAAAUCAUUGACUGAAGAUUAUUGCAUCGCGGACGCUACUUUUUCAAGUUGUUCCAAAUUUAUAGCAUGAUCUCCUUUGUUAGAAGCCUUUUUUUUUUUUUUGUGCCUAUGUAAAUUCAUGUUCAUAUGUGAGCCCUAGGACCCGUUCGCAUUUAGAAUACUCCUUUGUAGUUCUAUGAAACGCGUGACCUGGACAACACGCAGAGGAUGUAGUAAUCCCUGCUCCCUGGGAUAACUAGGGAAUGAAAUUUGCCUCUGUGCACUGGUAAAAAAAAUUUUCAAGUCAGAUCGUGGCUUCAAUAACUCAAUACAGUUUACUGCACAGGUUCAAAAUAUAUGGCACAGAGGCUACAGGUACACAUUUUACAAGUUUCUAUCAAUUCAGACUUACCCAGAAAAUUUAGUUUGAAGCACUCAGCUGCUCAUGUAUGUGAUGUGACUGGAAGUCGGAACAAAAAAAUUACUUAUGCAUUUCGUUCCAUUCGUACUCGGAAAGCAUUCACCACCCUUAAUGGGGCACUGACACACAAUUUUGGGGCUGAGGUAGCCUGGGGGAUCGAUUUCCAUGAGCACACUUAUGUCAUCUACCAAAUAUCAACAGCGAAUAGAGGUUGGUAGGUAACUUUCUAAAUUUUUAAGUUCUCGUGUGCAGUCCAGCACUGCACCUUGCGACAUUGACAUCAUCUGACCUGUAGGUGACCCCCAACUUCCACGGCAUCCCCACUGCAGCCAAUCUCUUAGCUGGUGCAGCUAGUAAUGAUGUCAAAGUCACCAUUGCCCUUUUGCCACACUUGCGCCAGCUGACUACUCUUCGGCAACUCCUCGCACGUCCGUGCCCGUGGCGAAUAUUUGAAAAGUGUGGAAGCCUCAUCAGACAAUAAUAACAAUGACGCUAACUGCAACGACAUUGUGCCGCACAUGCGGCAGGCAAAAGAAAGCGAGCAGACGAUGAAGGCUGUGUGGAAGUGUGUCACAGUUCCAUGUGCUGCAGUGGUGAAGUUUGUUUACCACAUUUUUCAUGCUAGAUGGUGUUAGCUGCACCCGACAGCUUGUCAUUCUCAGAGCUUUCCUAAACCGAAACUGAGACUGGUUGGUAAUGAACAGACUGUACUUAAUUAUCUGUUGUGCAGUGUGGCAAGUGAUGUGCCGUGCUGUGUCUAAUAGGCCCCAGAAACAUAUUGCAGCAAUAAUAUACCAGACCAAAAUUUUUGAGUUUGUGCCCCUUUAAAGAAAUGGAUGUGGCAGAGAAUGACUGGGGUGACAAAGUUGCUUGUGCAGGCAUCCGCUAAUGUUUAAGAGUGAAGUAAAAAAAUUUUGCUUUUGUAUGAAACAAAUCUAUUAAAAGGAAACGCUGAUUGAGCAUGUCAGGGUGCAAUGCACUCAUCAUAACAAUGGAGGUGCCAUUUUGGGUGGCAGUGGCACACAACACUACUAUUGCUUGUGACUGAUAUAUUUAGUUUUUUGGGCAUGAAGGCACUGCAUAAAAUAAUGCUUCAAAUAAUGCUUUCUGCUUCAAAUAGUGAAGUAGAAAUAUUUUUGUGUGUAUGUUUGCUUAGAUGUUACAAUUGGCAGACUUUUUUGACACUGGCAUUUGGAGAUCUCAAGUGAAUUAAGACAUAUUCAUCAAUACGUACACCAUAGUAUAGUGCCAUAAUGCAUUUCUUAUCGUUGUAAUUAGUGUGUUUGCAUCUCAUUGUAAGCUCUUUUUCUUCCCCAGUAUAUUUGGUAGCAGCAGCUUGAAGCCGUUUGGCAGGGUGCAGUCUAACGAGUGUCUUGAGAAAAGGUGAGGUGUGAAGUCGAACAACUUUUUCACUGCUUUAUAUAAUGCGUUUCAUGCAUUAUAUGGGAUUUUAAUGAGUGUCAAACAACACUGCUGACAUUUCAGUUUUGUGUAAUAAUUCCAGUUACAUGGAUAAGAAGAAAGGGAACCAAGGGGCUUAAUUUCUGUCUGUUGGAUUCGUAUGAUUCUGUUAUAUGAGCAGUAUGCAUCCUGCCAUCUUUAAAAAAAUGAAGUGGAAUGAGUUUUUUCCUGAUUCAUUUAUGUGUAGAUGCAGCAUCAUGGCAUUGCUGAGCAUUGCAAAGCCUAGUACAAGCGUGUUACAAACAAAAACAGGAGAACUAGACUAAAGCAUCGUUGCCAGAGCUGAUGAGCGGUCACAGCCACUAUCUUAUUACUGGUGUACAUUUUUCGUGUGUAAAAGAAAGUAGCUGCAGUGGUUUUGAUGCUGGGUAAUUUUGUUUGAUCUCGGUCUAAACAUUACAUCAUUCAGAGUAAGAUUUGGAGUAACAGUUUAUAGGUUGGAAAGAUAAAAAAAAACUACCACCAUUUCUCAUGCUCUGCAUGUUAUGUUUAGUGUAGCUGUAUAUGCUCCUGCAGUGGGAGCAUGUACAAGAGCACUAGUUAUGUUGGAAUGGCAUGGAAACACUGAUAGGGGCCUGCAUUUGCAAUUUUAUGCCAGUGUUGGUGAGAAGCAAUAGGAUAUGCCAGUAAUUUAUGUAGCACUGGCACCCAUUCACAGCAUAAUUAGCUGGUGGCCUCUUGUGUAUCUCACAGGGAAACCUCAGAAGUCUGUGUACUCACUCACAAAGUUGCACGACUGAGACAUGGACAGAAGGAAGACACAAUUAGACACACGUGUGUCUUUCCUCUGUCCGUGUCUCAGUCACACAACUUUGUGCAUUGUAAUGGCAAAUCAGCAGUCCGUGAUUGCGACCCUAGUGAAAUACAAAAGCACUUGAGUGCCCUGCCACGCAAUGAGGGACACCACGACUCGCCACAGGUCUGCCAUUCCACUUGUUGAGGGUGAAGGUAGUGCUGUUUGUCAGUAUGAGCUUUUUUUUUACUUGAUAAUACACGUAGAAUUAAAUGCAAAUACCUAUACACAGUGGGCGCUUUUUCUUUUUUAGACAUUACAGAUUUUUUAGAAUAAUGCUACGACAGUCAGGGUGCCGUUGUCUUUAUUGACUUGGCAGUUGUUUAUAUGGGAAAGUUGUUGGGUGUCACAAUUCAUGUAAUACCGAUUUUCUAGAAAUCACGAAAGUUGCAUGCAAGUUGAGAUAUUCAUCACUGAAUAUUAAUGGCGUUAUGAAAACUGACUGCGCCUGGCGUGCAGAAUAUGCAGCCGCUCUGUUACGUCAGACCGGAACUACCCAUGACAAGGAAGUGAUGAAACUUGAAUUGAGGUGCAUUUAGUCACAUAGCUGAGCAAUCAAGGUGUUGGUCACAUAGCUGAAAUUCUAAUGAAAACAAUUGAUUACGAGGGCACUUGCCAGAUUUUUGUAUUUAAUCUCACAUAUCAACCAUAAAGUGUAUGUUAAACAUUGCUGCUGUCUACCAAGUGUGCUGGAGGCCACUUGGCCCUCCUUGGCAUGAGUCUGUUUAUCUGUAGUGUGAAUUGGUCAAUGUCAGUAGAUUUGAGCUUUGUUUUGGGGAUAUUAUAUGGUUUUAGCUCAUAUGGGCUUUUAUAGUAACAGAUGGCCACAGUGAUGAGAAUCAUUUAGGCCAGCAAUUAGUGGUAUUUUGUGUGCAGUAUUGAGCUGAGAUUGCAUACUUUAUAUUCUUCUUUUUGUUAGUCUUUAUUCUGGAAUAUGUUGGGGUAUGACUGCAUUUAAGAGUUGGCGUGUGUUUAUCUGAAUGUGAGUGUAUUUUAAAUAUGAGCUUAUCUUUUUACUUCUCGCUGAAAGAAAACAAACAUUGGUGGCUGUUUCAAUUUUAAAUGCUAAUAGUAUAAACUGUGCUAUUUUUAUGCAGUUUUCUCAAUUUCUUCGUCUUGAGGUUUUAGAUUUAUGUUCAAAAACAUUUGCAGUAGAGCACAGUAAACAUGUAUAUUGACUGCAGAGAGUGAAACGAAAAGGAUAGACAAGGAUGUUAACCAAGUGAAUGCAUGGUUUGCUACCCAUUAACUGCAGAUUUUCGUAGUCAUCAAGGUGGAUUAAUAUUGUAAAUGGAAAGUCAGAGGAAAAAUUCGUAGCUUUUAUGUGUGAUGUGUACCUCUCAUAUACCUUUAAAAAUGAAGCUUUUCCUUUUUUCCCCUUUUUUGCUCUCUUUUGUAGCUGCAAUGACAUUAUAGAAUAUACGCGAAUCUACUUAAUAUUAUAGUGGGAAGAAGUAGCCAGCAUAUUUUCAGAAGGGUCUUAUUGAUAGCAAAUUUGGCUGUGCAAAAGCACUUUGUACUGUGAGUUAGCAUGCUUUAGCUUUGUCAGUGUUUUUAUAAUUCCAAGUAAUCUUUCAUGAAAAAAAUGUUCAUGCUUCAUAUAAGUCUGUUACAUAUAAAGACCUCUCAUGUGGUACAAGUGCCUGAAAAAGCAUUGGGCUGUGAUAAAACUGCCUCCAUUGUGUUUAGUAACAUUUUGUAGGUGAGUGCAGUGGAACCAGAAGAGCUAGUGCCGCAUGUUGUCUGUGUGCCAAAGAAACCUUUUGCGUUAUGCAUUGCUGUGUUGAUAAUUGUCAACGUGUGCUAUUUUGUUACAAUAAACAUGUAUAACUUGAUUUUAUAAUGAAGGUGCGUUCCUGUCAAACUUGCUUAUGCCUGUGGCUUCACAUUCACCUGUCAAAGUGACGUAUGGAGUGUUGCAUUUAGAUGGUUGCAUCUCCACAAUACACAAAAUUUAAGCCUGUUCUUCAAAGAGGAGUGUUAAGGAUAUGAAAAGGAAAGGAGAACGAGAAAUAAAACGUGGGGUGUUUAUCUUG